AAAGUAGAGUAGAGUAGGAAAAACGAAACAGCAGACGGCGCCCGUGUUGAUGUUUCCAAAACAGAUGCAUUUUUGAGCUCGCUGUCGUCCAAAACAACGAAGGCUAACGGCGAUUAUGUCAGCUACUAUUAACUGUGCCAUGGAAAUGACGCUCCUCAAAGACUUACACCUGCCGCCCCGAUCAGAAUGCACCUACACAUCGUGCUACUGCGAAGAAAAUGUGUGGAAGCUAUGCGAGCUCGUCAAGUUGUCGUGUCCGGAUUUGCUACGGCGCUGUUUCGUCGUGUUUGUUUCAAAUCAGAGGGCAGCGGUGCCUAUUUGGAAACAGAAGUCUGGUACCGAAGAAAACGGCUUAGCCGUAUGGGACUAUCACGUCCUGUUCAUAUACUGUCCAGCAGACGACAGACCAUCUCGAGUUUACGACUUGGACACGGUCCUUCCAUUUCCUAUCGACAUUUCAACGUACAUCGCGGAGGCGUUCCAGCCGACGAUGCCAGUUCUACCGGAUUACCGACAGAUGUUCAGGGUGGUGGCAGCCGAUGAAUUUUUACAAACGUUCGCUUCGGACCGCACUAGAAUGAGGCGACCAGAUGGCACUUGGAUCAGAGAACCACCUGCGUACCCUUGUAUAAGGACAUCCGUGUCGACAAACAACAUAGAAGAUUUCAUUUGUAUGGACAAGGGGAUCGGAUAUGGAGAAGUGCUAUCCUUAGAAGAAUUUGAGGAAUGGUUUUCUAGGUAGAAGCACGCAAUCAAUCUGUCAAUUCCUACAAGGUUGCUCACAUAUCACUUCUCUGUUUGUGCUAUGCCGGAAAACGAAACUUACCGGUACAGUGAUGAGUAAACUCUCAUAAUCGCUCAGAAUGCAGAAGGUGGGGAAAGGGAAAGAGAGAGAGUGUGUAUGACUCUAGAAUGACCACAAUUAACCUGGCUGAAGGAGUCACUGAGUGUGUCAUGCUAUACAGACUGGACGCCAAUGGUUUCUUCAGAAAUACAACUAUCCAAGCUCAUGAUCUACAUUUAUACUCAGCAUCUCAUACUUUCAAAAAUAUCGACACGCAUAGGGAAGCAUGAGCAGGUUGAAGUAUGCUGUACGUGAUAAAUAACUUAUAAUGCAUCUGUAGCAGCUGCUUUGAUCAUUUUGGUAUAGUAAUAUAUAUGACCUGCUGCAAUGUUCUACAAAUACAUAAUUUCAUAUCGAUAAUACAGAAAUAAAUCAGAUGAACUGUA